AUGACCAUUCUACCAGCUAUUCGAAAGGCAUCAGCAAGUUCCGAAGAAAAUAAUGAUACGACCCAGCAGAAUGCUACUACAGAGAGAACAAAUAGAAGAAAUGAUAUUAGUACUAUCCAGAUACAGAAUCUUUCAGAUAACACUACAAAUGCUAGGAGAUCCCCAUACAAAAGUGAAAGAAAGGAACGUUUCCACAAACGUUAUAAAGAAUCAGAAAGACCAAGAGAUAGAGAAAGUGUAAGAGAGCAGAAGAGAGAAGUUAGGAGAGAACAAAAGAGAGAGCGCAUUACAUUGAAGCGUGAUAUAUUGCCUGAACCCUUGCAUGAACCCAAUACUCCUUCACCUGUGGACACUUCUCCUGUAGAAACUCCUUGCAAUAACAAUGAGAUUGAAAUUAAAGAAGACUGUACUGGAUUUAAUAGUGAGGAUGAAUAUGAUGAAAGCUUUUUUAAAGGAAAACUUCAUUUUACAGAAGAAGAAUGGGCUAAGAGGGAUGCUAUCUUUGCAAGGUGCAUGUCGAGUUUAGGGUAUGAAAUAAAAAAUAUGAAUGAAGAUGGGGCUUGUUUAUUUCGCUCAAUUGCUGACCAAGUUUUUGGAGAUCAAGAAUUCCACUUUCAAGUCAGACAAGAUUGUAUGAACUACAUUGUACAAAAUCGUGACUACUUUGAACCUUAUGUAACUGAAGAUUUUGAGAAGUAUGUCGCACGAAAACGUACUUGGCAUGUACACGGAAACCAUCUAGAGAUACAGGCUAUGAGUGAACUAUACAACAGAACAAUAGAAGUAUAUUGUUAUCAAUUAGAGCCCAUUAACAUUUUCAAUGGCUCCAGGAGUACUAGUUACGAACCUAUAAGGCUGUCAUAUCAUAGAAUGUGCCACUACAAUUCCAUCAGCAAUCCAAAUAGCCCCUCAGUUGGUGUAGGUUUAGGCCUUCCUAACUAUAAACCAGUUGAUAUUGACAGAAGGAGAUUUAAUGAUGCUGUGAGGGCCAGUGAAGAACUACUUAUUGAACAGACUAUGUUGGAGGACAAGAUCAAGGCUACUGACUGGGAGGCUACAAAUGAGGCUAUAGAGGAACAGGUUGCUAGAGAAUCAUACAUUCAAUAUUUUCGAGAUACCGAACGACGUUUAAAGGCAACAGGAAGUGUUCAAGCUAGCGCCAGUAGCUCUACAAUUACAUCAUCCAUGGUAUCUAGCCCUAGGAGCUCUAGAAGAGGUUCUAUGUCCCCCAAAGGUGGGCAGUCUCCCGGCUCUCCCAGGAAUAACAUAUCGCCUUUAGCGAGCCCUAGGCCAAAUUCUGGCAGUAUGUCAUUCAUUCCCGACUGUAACAGUAUUGAAAAUUUAACUUCGACAUAUAUUCCUACAGUAGAAGAACAUAGUCUUGCAAAUAGAUUAUACAAUUCAUCAAGAAGUACAGAUUCGACUGAAAGUAGUUUUGGAGCAGAGAACAUAUCUCCAGAUUUCACAGCAGUUGCUGGUCCUUCUACUGAUAGUAACAAUAUAGGUUAUGACGAUGUGGAUCAGGAAAUAAUGGCCCAAGUGCUGGCAGAGUCUCAGCAAAGUUACCUAGCUGAACUAAAGCAGAAAUCCAAGAAGAGGUUCGGUUCUCCAGAACCGUCAACUUCAACUUAUUAG